UUCAAAAACGUUCGAUUCGACUUGAUUCCGCAGGAGAUCGACAGCAUGUUCGCUCUGGCGGAGGAGGAGGAGUUCGAAGUGGUGCUUGGACAUCACGAUUUGCAGCACGGAAACAUUCUGCACAACGCCGAAGGCGAUAUGAUCUUCGUGGACUUCGAAUACACAGGGAAAAUCCCAGUGGCUGCGGACAUCGCGAACCAUUUCUGCGAGUGGAUGACGGACUACAAUCUGCCCGAUUCGCACAUUCUGCGGCUCGAAUGGCAUCCGAACGCGAAGCAGCAGCACGAUUUCGUGAAGACCUAUCUCCAGGCGCGGUUUGGGAAGGAGCCCAGCGAGGAGGAGGUGGAGAAGAUGUGUGUGCAGGUGCACAAGCAUGAGCUGUUCUCGAAUAUGCAUUGGUUCCUGUGGGGAUUGCUGCAGUGCCCGAUUAGCACGAUUGACUGGGACUACUGGGGCUAUGCGCUGAAUCGAUGGGAGCAUUAUGUGCGUGUGAAGAAGGAGUUUGGAAGAGAAGCUUUGCCCAUUAUGAGCGAGUAAGCUGGUUGAAGAAGCAAUAGUUGUUCUGUGUAGUU